AUGACUUUUACUAACAGCAAAACUUGUUCUUUCGAAUCAGAUGAUGCAUUGAAAGAAGAACAACUGUUCAAUGCUAUUGAAUCACAUAAUGUUACUGUCGUGCAGAAUUUUACGAAAAAUGAACUCCAACGUUUAUGUAACGUACGUCGUCUCUUUCUGUCUGAAUGGUCCUCACCGGACCACGAAAAACAAACAGCUUAUCAACGUGCAUGUCUUCUUGGUCAUACAGACAUUGUGCAGUGUAUUCUCAAUGCUGGUAUUCCACCUGAUCAAAAUUUCUCCGGUGGUGAUUCACGUAAUACUAUGCGAGGAGCAUUUCUAUUUGCUUGUCAAUCACGUUCGAUGUCAACAACUACAGCUUUACUUAAUGCUGGUGUACCAGUUGAUGUACUAGGUUCAUGUUCUCUUAAUUAUGCUAAUUCUUUUGUUCCUGGUAUUCGUGUAUCUAGUUCAUUUGGACAUGACUCAAUCUCUUGGGAGAAUCUCUAUCCAAUUCAUUUUGCUAUUGUCGAUAAUAAUCUCGAACUGUUACAAAAAUUGAUUACACCUACAACAAACAAAUUAUUAACAAUCCAUUACUUCACUCCUUUACAUAUAGCUUGUCUUUUUAAUCGAUCUAUAACAAUGAUCGAUCUAUUACUCUCCUACGAAAAUGCUAAUCUUGCAACAAUAGCUAAAACAAGCAAUGGCAAAUUUCCUGAUGAGUUUGCUACUGAUCAAACAAUAAUUGAUUAUCUUCGACCUACACGUCUGCGCGCUUAUGUAGAAAUAGAAGAAAACCGUCAGAAAAGUCAAGAAUAUAACUUAAAGAAACUUGAAGAAGGUACAGCUUUCCAAGUAUUCAUCACAACUCUUACGAAUAAAACGAUCAUAAUUAUUGUCACAAGAGAAGAUACUGUCGAAAAUAUCACGGCAAAAAUUCAUGAAAAGACAGAUAUUCCACCUAAUCAACAACGAAUUAUCUAUGGAGGCAAACAAUUACGAGAUGGUCUCACACUUGCCGACUAUGAUAUUGGAAAGGACGCUACGCUUCAUCUAAUCGUUAAUCUGCCUGGUGGAUAUUAUUAG